CCAGCACAUGCUUUGACGCAUGACACGUACACGCACGAACCGUGAUGCCCCCAGGCAUGUAAAUCGAGUGCCGUGAAUCACCGUUGCGAUGCUCUGUGCUGCUCUACGAGCACUGCACACCAUCCGUCGGUUGAUGAUAUGCUGGGCGGUCGUCUCCUCGCUCUCGAGGCACCCCCGAAGGCCAAAGCCGGUUCCUCCAAGCGCCCUGCCCCUGCCCCCGGCAGUGCUGCACGCACCGUCAAGAGCACCAAGAACCCCCUCUUCGAGGCUAAGCCUCGCAACUUCGGUAUUGGCCAGGACAUCCGCCCCAAGGCCGACCUCACCCGCUUCGUCAAAUGGCCCGAGUACAUCCGCCUCCAGCGCCAGAAGGUCAUCCUCGCUCAGCGCCUGAAGGUCCCUCCCGCCAUCGCGCAGUUCUCCCACACGCUUGACAAGAAUACCGCCAUCAACCUGUUCAAGCUCUUGAACAAGUACCGCCCCGAGACCAAGCAGGAGAAGAAGACUCGUCUUGAGACUGCCGCCAAGGCCGUUGCCGAUGGCAAAGAGGCCACCAAGAACGAGAAGCCUUACUUCGUCAAGUAUGGUCUCAACCACGCCGUCGCCCUUGUCGAGGCCAAGAAAGCCGCCCUUGUCGUUAUCGCCCAUGACGUUGAUCCCAUUGAGCUCGUCGUCUUCCUCCCCGCUCUCUGCCGCAAGAUGGGUGUCCCCUACGUUAUCGUCAAGGGCAAGGCUCGUCUCGGCACGGUCGUCAACAAGAAGACUGCCGCUGUUCUUGUCGUGGAGGAGGUCCGCAGCGAGGACUCACGCGAGCUCGCCACUCUCAUCAGCGCUGCCAAGGCCAACUUCUCCGACAAGUACGAUGAGGCCCGCAGGCAGUGGGGUGGAGGUAACCGUGGAAACAAGUCCACCCAGAUGCUCCGCAAGCGUGCCAAGGCCUCUGGUCAGAGCAUCAACGCUGCUUCGAUUGGCAAGCUUUAAGCAUCCUCGUAUUAUCGACUGCUUUCAGACUUGGGCUAUCAAAAACUUCCUUUCAUUCGUGGUUUCUGUCCCUCUCGCAUUGAACCAUGUCACGAUUUGGAGGUGGCGACUAGCAUAGGCCUUAUGGAAUGACUGUCCGCGAUCCUAUGGCUUUGUUAUGUUAUGUGAUUGUAUGCAGUGUAUUGCUGUUCUACCAUGGAGAGAACGAGAUGAGCUGCGCCGCGAGGCGGCAGCUUGGGAGUGUAUCAUUGUUCGGAGGCUUGCGAACCGGUGAGAAGGAAAUUGAUUGAGCGGUGUAUUAGCCACUUUUGUGAAUCGAUCAGGUCCCCCGAGUGAUAGACCAAA